CUUCAGAAUGGAGCAGACAAGAGGAAAUCCCGUUAGUUUUUCAGUGAAGAUAUUGUAACAGUCCAUGUCUCAUCUACUAUUAUCAACCUAGCAAAGUUAUUGACAGCAAUGUCGAGAGAAAACACCACUCGGAGUUUGGACAGCAUUGACCUCUCUGCUUUAAGAGACCCUGCAGGUAUCUUUGAGUUGGUGGAGGUGGUUGGCAAUGGAACCUACGGUCAGGUGUACAAGGGUCGUCAUGUCAAGACAGGCCAACUGGCAGCUAUCAAAGUCAUGGAAGUCACAGAGGAGGAAGAGGAGGAGAUCAAACUGGAGAUCAACAUGUUGAAGAGCUAUUCCCACCACAGGAACAUCGCGACUUAUUACGGAGCUUUUAUCAGGAAAGGUCCUGCUGGACAGGACCACCAGCUCUGGUUAGUGAUGGAGUACUGUGGAGCCGGCUCUGUGACAGACUUGGUGAAGAAGACAAAGGGGAACUGCCUCAAGGAGGACUGGAUAGCUUACAUCUGCCGAGAGGUGCUCAGGGGUCUUUCCCAUCUUCACUCCCAUCAUGUGAUUCAUCGAGACAUUAAGGGACAAAAUGUUUUGCUCACAGAGAAUGCCGAAGUCAAACUGGUUGACUUUGGAGUGUCGGCACAGCUGGAUAAGACGAUAGGUCGAAGAAACACCUUCAUUGGUACUCCCUAUUGGAUGGCUCCGGAGGUCAUCGCCUGUGACGAGAACCCUGAGGCCACAUAUGACUACAGGAGUGACCUGUGGUCUUUAGGCAUCACUGCUUUGGAGAUGGCUGAAGGAGCCCCUCCUCUGUGUGACAUGCAUCCAAUGAGAGCUCUGUUUUUGAUUCCACGAAACCCUCCGCCCAAACUGAAAUCAAAGAAAUGGUCGAAGCGUUUCUUGUCUUUUGUUGACGGUUGUCUGGUCAAGAACCAUCUGCAUCGACCCACGACGGACACCCUGCUGAAACACGCUUUCAUCAGAGACCUGGCUAAUGAAAGACAAGUCCGCAUCAUGCUCAAAGAUCACCUGGAUCGAACCAGGAAGAAGAGGGAGAAAGAGGGUCCAGAGUACGAGUACAGUGAUGGUGAAGAGGACGAGGACGAGGUGACGGAGGAGGAAGGAGAACCCAGCUCCAUCGUGAAUGUUCCUGGUGAGUGGACGUUAAGACGGGAGUUUCUACGUUUGCAGACAGAGGAUCACGAAGGCGGCAGAGAGGGAGGCCACGGAGGAGGUGUGGCUAGACAGAGACAACAGGCGUUACAGCAGCAGUUGGAGGAGCAGGAACGAUACAAACAGCAGUUACUGGCUGAUAGACAGAAGAGAAUCCAGCAGCAGCAUGAGCAGCGGCAGAAGUUGGAGGAUCAGCAGAGGCGGCAGCUGACAGACGUUGCCUUUCAGUGGGCGGAGCUUAAGGAGAUAUUGCUUGGAGAGGAGUCUGAUCUCCGUGAAAGCUUAACCAUCUUGGAUGAGAGAAACCGGAGGAGUGACAGGAGACAGGAGCAUGCAGGCAGAAAGCGUAGUGGCGAUGUGUCAGUAAGGCCUCAGGACUCGUCUGCAGCGCAGAGAGCCGUGGCUCCAAACCAGCUGCUUCAGCACAAGGCCCAGCUCUCCGAGCCUAGGCAACAGCCGCAAGCCAAGCCCCAGUCUCUGGCUCAGCAUCAGCAGCCAUCGGCAGGCAGAAGAUCCCACCGCACCCUGCCCAAGGACCAAACUCAGCUCCUUUCUCUGCAGCACGACCACAGACACAGGGAGAGAGAGCGGCAGAGGCUGAGAGAAAAGCCUGUGGCAGCUUUCCAGAAGCUAUCAGCUAAUAGUGGGAACACAGCUGCUGCUGCUGCUGCUGCUGCUGCUGCUUCCUCACCCAGCCACCCUGCACAAAGCCAGCGUUUAGCGAUGGACUUACAAGAAUCCAACCUGGCCAGGCUCCUCUUGGCUGCUGGUCUGCCAAGCCCGAUGCAUCCUAGGAUGGGCUCUGGGAGCAGCUCUAGUCCUUGUACUCCAGCCAUGCAGAGAGCUCACCUCAACCAGAAUGCCAAUCUACGCUCUAGUCGUGAUGCCCCUCACAGCAGCUCUAUGUCAAACAUGGUCCUGUCCCCCUUGUCCCCGUUUGGCCCCGUUUCCCAUAAUGAUGAUGAUGUCUUCUGGGACUCAGUUGAGACGCCGCCUAAGGUUCCAGAACGCACUACCUCUAAGUUUUACUGCCGGGAGCUGGUGAUGGGCCACAAGAGGGCAGCUUCAAGUGGCAGUCCAAUGUUUGUAGCAGAUAAGAGUGGAAGAUCUGUAGCUCAUGAAGUCUCGCCUACAAGCAGCAACCACCCAGGUUACUUCAAGCUGGAGAGUCCUCUACUACAGCCCGUUCGACAGCAACACAGAAAGGCACAAGAAAACUUCACCAGCGGGCAAUCACAAGGUGGAAGAUCUGCUCUGGGUCGACUUAACAAGGCCACAGAAUACUCCUCCUCCAGUGAUGAGGUCGGCAGCAGUGAUGAUGAAGACAGCAGAAGGCCCGGUCUGUCCAAUGGAACCCAGAGAUACUUCAGUGGAAUCCCUGAUGGCAUCGUACUGCAGCCUCACAUCAAUCUUAACCAGAUUUCUCGGAUAGGUUCAGAUGAAACCUACCUGCUUCCAGACCUUUUGCAGAAAGUCUCUUCUCCAAGUCCUACCCAUAAUGCACUGGGCCAGCAGCAAACUCGUGAACUCAACUACUCGCAGUCACCCACAGCCCUUCGAUCCAACACACGGCAGGAACUAUAUGCUGUCAGCAGUCCCAAGGAUAAAAACACCUCCUCAUCUUCCUCCUUCCUUUCCUUCAUUGAUCCAAGACUGAUACCCAUGUCGUCGCCUCCGCAAAGUCCAACAAGCAGUAAGGAUGAGCCAAUCAAGAGGGAGAACCAUAGGAAAGGGUCCGUAGUGAAUGUGAACCCGACCAACAUUCGACCACAGAGCGACACUCCCGAGAUCCGCAAGUACAAGAAGAAAUUCAACACUGAGGUUCUCUGCGCUGGACUAUGGGGUGUGAAUCUGUUAGUGGGGACAGAGAAUGGCCUGUGGCUUCUGGAUCGAAGUGGUCAGGGAAAAGUCUACUCCCUCAUCAGUAGGCGAAGGUUUCAACAGAUGGAUGUGUUGGAAGGACUCAAUGUACUGAUUACUAUAUCAGGUAAAAAGAACAAGCUCCGGCUGUACUACCUGUCCUGGUUAAGGAAUAAAAUCUUACACAAUGACCCAGAGGUGGAAAAGAGACAGGGCUGGACCUCAGUAGGUGACCUUGAGGGCUGUGUGCACUAUAAAGUGGUGCGCUACGAUAAGAUCAAGUUCUUGGUGAUUGCUUUGAAGAAUGCUGUGGAGGUGUAUGCCUGGGCCCCGAAACCCUACCACAAAUUUAUGGCAUUUAAGUCAUUCAGGUCCCUGCCUCAAAAACCCCUGUCCGUUGACCUGACUGUGGAGGAAGGUCAAAGGUUAAAGGUCAUCUACGGCUCCUUGUCGGGUUUCCACGCCAUCGAUGUUGACUCUGGCACACCUUAUGACCUCUACCUCCCCACACAUAUCCAGGGUUCCAUCCAUCCCCAUGCCAUCAUCAUUUUGCCAAAUAGUGCGGGAACAGAGGUUCUUGUUUGCUACGAGGAUGAGGGAGUCUAUAUCGACACGUAUGGCCGCAUCACCAAGGAUACAGUACUGCAGUGGGGGGAAAUGCCUGCUUCAGUUGCGUACCUUCAGUCUAACCAGGUGAUGGGUUGGGGAGAGAAAGCCAUAGAGCUGAGGUCGGCUAACACGGGGAACCUGGAGGGAGUCUUCAUGCAUAAGAAGGCCCAGAAACUCAAAUUCCUGUGUGAACGCAAUGACAAGGUCUUCUUUGCCUCAGUGCAGUCAGGGGGAAGCAGCCAGAUUUACUUCAUGACUCUGGGACAGAACUCGCUGUUCAACUGGUAACAACUGGACCUUAUAGUCUGUGAUCAGCUGUCGGGUCUGCCCACGUCAUUCUCUGUUUACCUGGUGAUGCUUUUUAUAUUUGUGCUGACUCGUGUUCAUACAACGAAUAGCUGACAACGUGCAGGGACCAGCGACAACGUACAGGAGUAACUAAAUCCUCUUGUAUCCAUUCUUCUGUGCUUUAUUAUUUCAUGUAAAGGCACACAGAUCAGUGGUUGGCUUAUACUCAAACAACAUAAAAAAAUGCUUUAAUCCUCAAGAGAUACUGGAGCCUGAGACAACUCUACUUCAUCUACACCUGAUAAAGACCUGGAUUCAGCUAAAAGAGCUCCAGAGCAGUGGCACCUCAUCCACCCACAGACGUUUUCAGAAGAGCAACUCGCAGUGUCACCAUGAAAAAUCACACAAAGCUUUUAUGUGGGAACCACAUAUUUUCUUCUCCUUUGAGAAAACCAUCACUGCACCAGUGUGGCAAGGAAUCAAUCCCUUCUGUUGUGUCAUAUUUAUCCGAAUCUACCUGAAAGCAAAACCUAAGGCUUGAUUCAGUGGACUGUGGGGAGAUUCUAAACGGACAUCAGAUCAUAGGUCACAUCUGCACUCAACAUCCCGCUCCUGUGAGUACUGGACCCCUCAUGAAGUCUGCUCAGUGUGUUCCCCCGUUCAGCUGAUCUCUCCUGGAUACCGUUUUAAAGCACUGUUCAAUCAGUUGCUUAGCUAACCCAUGCACAUUUCAGUAACUCACUCACUUUCAGACUUUAAUCUGUGCCUGUGUGUGUUCUGUUACUGGAUCCACUGCUUCCUUAUCAUCUGACAAACUACGGUCUUAGCACAUUGAUCAUUUUUCUCCCAGACCAGAGGAGUAAAUGGAUGGUAAAUGGGCUUGAGCUUGUAUAUCGCUUCUCUAGUCUUCUGACUACUCAAAGAGCUUUUACACCUGCAGCUCACACCUACACAUCCACAAAUGAUCGCAGAGGCUUCUAUGUUAAGUGUCCAUCUGAAGUAAUUAAUCCCAUUUAUACACAUGCACACGCCACUGAUGAAGAAGCGGGAGCAACUUGGGGUUAAGUGUCUUUCCCAAGGACACAUGGGACAUGUGGCUGCAGGACCUGGGGAUCAAACCCCCGACCUUCCGGUUGAAAGACGACCGAUUCUACCAACUGAGCCCAAGUAGUGUUUCUCUCUCUGGAGUUUGGUCUCAGCUUGUCUUCAUGAAUAUAAUAUGUGUUGCUCUUGAAGGACUGAAGUCCUCUCACCCUCUGGACAUCUCAUGGAUAGGUCAAAGACUGUGUUGGGGCCACAACGUUGCCUUAGCGGAACAAUUACUGCACUUCAUUCCAUAUUUUGUUGCUGUUGUUUUCCAUUUUUUCCCCACAUUUUUGUUACUUCCAUCAAUUUGCCAAUACCUCAGCAGUGUUAUUUAUGUAGGAACCAAACUAAGAAUGUCCCAUCCUUAUAUUAUUGUUUCCAUAUCGUAUUAAGAGACAGUGUUACACGACACAAUAUCAAAUGUGAUAUUACUGAACAAGGAAUUUACUCUUUUUUAUCAGAUGACAUUUUUGGGGCACUUUUAGGAAGGUAACUCCUAAAACAUCAAAUAUCCAGUCAGGUUUGUUUCAAAGUAGAACCCUUACUCUAGCUUUAAAGUUGAAUUUAAAGCUACCAUCAAAAUGAACUAUUAGGCUGAUUAUAAGAAUGUUAUUAAAAACGUCUCUGCAACAGGCAUCUACUUUGGUGAUGAAGUUCGUUUAAAUAUGGAAACAUUGGGCCUCAUUCACCAUCUCCACAACCUUGUUUUUGCUACCAGCAUGUUUUCCUAUGUGUCUGCAGGCCUCUGCACUCAUGCCCUUUUAUGGGCACACGCUUUCAACUUGCGAACCCACGGAGAUAAGAACACAGCUGUGAACAGUUCAGUCAUUUAAGAACACGUUGUUGAAUCUGUCGCAGAGUCUUUUAAGAACUCUUUUUAGGACGAACUUAAAAAUCUUCAGAAGGUAUUGGUGAGUGAGACUCAUUCCUCUGAGGAUCCUUACUGAGCAAUCACUUGCUUAAUGAACAUGUCAUUAAGUGUCACUGUCCCUUAUAAUGACCCUGACAGCGUUGUUGCAGUUUACAGGAAAGCAGAAUUAGAAAUGUAAAACACAGUCACUGAUUUAAAAAAGCUGAGUUUGAGUCUUAUUUUGUACGACUGAAGUUGUAGAUAAUUUCAUAGGACACCGUGUUUAAUAACCGUCAAGCCAUCUAUAUGAAUGUGUACAGAAUAAUAAGGGUUAUGAAAUGCUCUGAUUUCUUCAAACUUAAAGAAGGUUGAAUACAAGGAAGCAAAGAUAAAUGCUUUGAUAGAUUCAUCUAAUUUGGUUCUCAAAUAAAAUGACAGUUGGCUCUUUUAUCAGUAAAGAUAAAGAUAUGUUUAAACCUGCCCCCCUUAAAACUUCAAAACUCUCUGAGUUUAAGGAGUUUUGUUAUCUUCUGAUGAAAUGAUGCCAACCAGGCCGUCACAUCAGACACAUUAGAGCGGACACAUUUAUAGAUAAUGGAUGGCUGGAUGUGUCUCGCUAAAUCAUAACAUUAUAAGUGUUCACAUAUUCUAUGCUUCAGAAUGCAAAGGGUUAAUAAGUUGAAAAAUUGGUAUAUAUCUCCAAAUGUGAAUUUGCAAUGUUUCUCGUUUUGAUCCUUCAGAUUGGACUCAAACUGCUCUCAUGGUUUUGGUAUUUGUCAACAUAUCAGCUUAUUCAUUUUUCUUUUGAGUGUUGGGCCUCUCAGAAUCUGUGACAAAUGUUUUUAAGUGACACUUUGAGCUUUCGUUUUUAUUACACACUCAAAAAGAGGUAUUGCAGCUGGUUCUGUGAAAAUAUUUAAAACUGAAAAGUGUUCUGUUUGAUCAUAACUGUCUCAUGUAAGAGUUGCUAUCAAAUGUUGUCAGUGUUUGUUUCAGUGCGAUAUGAAUUAACUGCCGUCCUUAUGUUCACAGAUCAAGUGCAAAGGAAUAAAUACAUUUCAAAUGCAGUUUUAAGAUUGAAACUAGAUAGUCAAGAAAUUAGAGCGUGUAGGUUUUGGAGGUUGCAAAAUGAGCUGUGGCUAAUGCUGCAUUCAUGUGCUGCUCGGGUGGUCCAAGUGUCCGAGUUGGGAAGUCGUUCUUUCAACUUCAGCGUGUUAUCUCAGUUCAGAAAGUCGGAAUGUUGCAACAACAGCAAAAAAAAACAGCGUUGAUGCUACAAAGAAGAUCAGUGAAAUGUAACUGUGACAAGUUUUAUCUGAGCAAAAAGUUGAUGUGCAAUACGUGAAUUCAUAUAAAGUAUGUUAAAAUUAACAAAACAUAUUUUGCCCCCCAUGUAAUCACGAUGCUGACGACAAGUCCUUAAGUCGGGCACCUCAUUCUUUUUCUGAGUUUCCGAGUUGUUCCAACUUGAGCAGGUGUUCAUGUGCAUUUUACAACUCGUAAACUCUGUUUUUCCAAUGUGUCCGACAGCACAUGAAUGCACCAUUAGUUCAACAUAUUUCCCCUGUGCAGGCUGUGGCUAAAUCUGGUUGUUUUAUUACUUAAAGAGUAAAAUCAGCUGAUCACCAGGGAGACGGAGGGAGUGGCUAAGUUGAAUGAAGAAAACUGGAAUGAAUGUGUGAGAGAAUAGAAGCAGUCUUCCUGCUCGAACUUACACUGAGCUCCAUGUGGGAGGUCAUGUUGUGGAUCUCUGAGGGAUCGAUGUUGUUUCACAUACAGGAAAUUAAUCUAAAUAUUCCAUUAGAUAUAAUGUGCUAUCUUCCAGUUAACAUGACGUCUAUCUGCAUUGUUUUAUUCUGGUUUUUGGACAGGACAAGACAUAACUCAGUUCUGCUUCCUGCUAACCAGGGAUAGAGUCCUCUUUAACGGCGUGUUUUUUUAAUAUAUUUGUCAUCUAAAGCAAGCCUUUGGAGACGGAACGGAAAAUAUAAAAUGUGUGUUGCUCAUUAGCACAAACCUGUCAGUCUUUUGGGCUCCUGUGUUGAGCAGUUCAGUGUAGCAGUAAUGAGCGGGAGAGAGCAGUGCACUUCCACCUACACCUUCCCCGUGAUGAUAGAUUCUGUUUCAGGGCAGCAGUGACUCACAUCUCCAUCUUACCCACCAACUCUUUAUACAUCUCACUCUGUCGACACGCCUCUCCUACCUUUCAUUCCCUCUGCUGUUGUAUUGCACUGUCUUAACAUCUUUACUUGUUUUUAUUAUCUCUAAUCACUCUCAUUCUCAUGGGUUCAUAUUCCAUGUUUCUCUCGUAUCUCUGAGCUGCUGCUCUUUGAUUCUUUCCUUUGAGACAUAUCAUUAUUGCAUCAAAUAAUCUGCGUGUUUUAGCAUUUUUAGAAAGUACCACAGAAUAUACCCAACCCUGAUCUUUGCUCGCUGGUGAAGUGACAUUUAGCAAAAUCCAGAGAAAGGCAGAACUAUGAGGGACAACGGUAAAACAGGAAUUAAAGCAGUUUAAUCAGUGAAGUGAUUGUUUUAAGUUACAGAGCAUCAAUAUUUAAUGAAAGGUAGCCACCAUAGAGUGCUGCAGCAGGUGCUGUAGAGACAAACACCUGAGUCAGGCCCGGUUCUAUGAGGUUACAAAAGCAUGCAUUGCACCCUCAUUUUGAUAUUUCUGCACCCGCAAUUGAAUGGAUUCAAAAAAAUAACAAGAAUUGGUUUUACAAUAAGUGAUAAAGGCUCACAUCGUGUUUACUACAUCCAUGAUGUGGUGGUCUUAAUCAGUCAUGUUCACCUGGGACCACAUAAGGGACCUGUAACACCUGCACCCUCUUUAAUCUCUGAUGCACCUUAAGUCAUUUUGUUCUUGAACCGGGCCUGACCUGAGUAUACUGGAUUGUUCGAGGAUGUUCUCUGGUUAGAAGUCAAACUAAAGUAAGAAAUUUGUUUUAUUUCUUCACCCAGAAAGUUUUGCCUUAAGUGCCAACAUUGAUAUUGUUUCAGCCAUUGUAUGCACAAUAGUAUGUUGAUGAGAUAAGCAGCUGUUAAGAAAGUGUGUGUUUGUGUGGGAGGGUGAUAGGCCCGGAUUCAGUCAGUAAGGGAAGGAAAGGAUUUAGAUAGAAGAGAUAUAUGUUGGUGGCUAAAAGAAGGAACCUGGAUGUUGCUUUAAAAAAUAAUCAUCCUUAGUAAUCAAACCUAACUACCAGAAAACUGACCUUGAGAGCUCACAUCGUAACCGAGCCAAUAACUGUGCCAGGUUUAAUCCAAAGGCACCAAACUGGAAAUGUGAGUUGAGAAUGUAUGGAUAAAGUUGGUUAUGAGAAAGAGAAAGAGGGAGAGAAGGUGAGACUGUGGAGAACAUGAACAGACCUAAGGUUGUUCUUGUGGACUGACGUGCUAAAGAUACCGGCUGCUUGCCAUGUGGAGUUGAUGACAAACAGGAUGGUUUUAUUCCUAUGAAUUGUAAAUAAAUGAUAAGUUGACAAUAAAAAAAAUAUUAUAUAGAUAUUCAUCUAAGAAGAUAUAUUCCCCCUAACUAUUUAAUUUCUGUAGCAUUUCUUUGGUUGAAUUUGAUUUUUUUGCACUGGACCUAUGUUUGAUGCAUCAUAUACUGUAUCCUUUCUGCUUUGAGAUUAAGAUACACUAACUUAUGUUUCCAUUAGGAGGCAUAAAUCAGUGAGACAACAAUAAACAAGUUGAACAGA